AUGAUCAGUGGUUAUGCAAGAGCAAUGUUUUAUGAAGAUGCAAUUAGUUAUUUUCAUAUGAUGAUUCAAGGAGGAGAAACUAAGCCCAAUGAUGCUACUCUGGUCACUAUCUUAUCUGUGUGCGUUUCUGUAGGAUCUUCCAGUUUGGGGCAAUGGGUUCAUUCUUACAUGGAAGGGCGACAUGAUUUAAUGAUAGGCGGUUACAGUCACCUGUGGAAUGCUUUACUGGACAUGUACGUCAAAUUUGGUAACAUGGAAAUGGCUAUUAAGGUGUUUAAAGGUUUAAGAUGCAAGGAUUUGUUUUCAUGGACCAUCAUGAUAAAUGGUAUGGCCAAGAAUGGCCAAGGAAAACAAGCUAUGCAGCUUUUCUCUUUUAUGUUAAUCAAUGGCUUCCGACCUGACAGUGUCACUUUCCUUAGCUUGUUAUCUGCUUGCAGCCAUGGAGGGUUUGUAAAAGAGGGGUUUGUUUUUUUCAAAGCUAUGAAAGACAUUUAUAAGAUCAUACCAGAUAUGCAGCAUUAUGCUUGUAUUGUUGAUAUGUAUGGUAGAGCUGGACUCUUACACGAAGCGGAGGCUUUUGUCAGGGAGAUGCCAGUGGCACCAAAUGGAUCAGUGUUGAGUGCACUCCUUAAUGCUUAUAAAAUCCAUGGGGAUAGUGAGAUGUGCGACCGCAUAGGCCAGAUUAUAAUUACUACUGGAGAUGCAAGUUUAGGUUCUUUUAGGGCUUUGGCCAACAUAUAUGCUAGUGUAAACAGAUGGUCUGAUGCUAAGAAUGUGGAAGACAUGAUCAGAUGCAUAGGGGUAAAAAAGACCCCUGGAUGUAGCUGGGUUGAGGUGCAUUGA